AUGGAACAAAAUUUAAUCUUUCAAUCUAUGGAUAGUGAUUCCAUUAUGAAUUUAAUGAGUAGAGCUGUUCAGCAUAUGCCAAUAAAAAAGUUUUAUGGCAAUCAGCUAAUGGUAAAGUGUAUUUAUAUCUGCGCAAAGUUACGAAUCUGUGAAAAUCUUGGAAACUCUCUAGAAUCAAAGAAAUCAUGCUAUGAUAUUGCUAAAGAGGUUGGCGCUCAUGGAGAGUCCCUCUACCGUAUGAUGCGUGCAAUGACGGUAGAAGGUUUCUUUUCAGAGUGUCUUGGAGAAGGUUUUGAGAAAGGAAUCUUCCAACACACCAAUCUUUCAAUCCAAUUGUUGAAUGAAGUCACUCGUGAUGAGGCUCUUGUUCAUUGUGGUACAGCUUUCUUUUUGUCUUGGGAAUCACUCUAUGAGACAGUAAUGACUGGAAAGACCUCUGGAUUCAAAAGCCUUGACUCCUCAUCUUUGUGGGACUUCCUCAAGAAGAAUCCAGAAGCAGACAUUGAAUUUACCAAGGGUAUGGCUUCAAUGUCAACUCCAUAUCACCAAAAUUUAGUUAAAAUGGUUGACUUUAGUAGAUUCGAAAUUGUUUGUGAUGUUGGUGGAUCUCAUGGAUUAUUGCUUAAUGAAAUUUUAAAGAAUUAUCCAACUAUUAAACAAGGUUUGAACUUUGACCAACCUAUUGUAUUUGAAAACCUAAACAAAUUAGGAAAAAGGGAUCUUGAUCCAAGAUUCUCAGAUGUAGGAGGAAACUUUUUCGAAUCUGUUCCUCAAGCUGAUUGUUAUGUAUUCAAGUUAGUAUUACAUAACUGGAAUGAUGAUCAAUGCGUUCAAAUAUUGGACAAUGUCUCAAAAGCUAUGAGAGAAAAUGGAAAAGUUUAUCUAGCGGAACAUAUCAUGGAAGACUCUGUCGGUGACUUUACUAUAAAGAAAAAAUAUAUUGCUUGGACUGAUUUGCAUAUUAUGAACCUGCUGAAUGGAAAAGUUCGUAGUAAGUCCGAAUGGGAUAAAUUAAUUUCAAGAACCGAUUUCAAGAUUGAUCAAAUAGUGGAAUCAGAUCAAGAAUUAACCCAAAACUAUAUAAUCCUUUCCAAAAAAGUAAUUCAUGUAACUCUCUUAAAAUAA